AUGGCUGUCCACGUCGGAGCUCUUGAACAGCAGAACGAGCGUGCUUACCAGAAGCAGCACAUUGUGCGCGCCAAUGGCAAGAAGAGUCUGUUGAACUUGCACCAAAAGGGUCAGAAGAAACGCGUUGUGCACCAAGUGGGUAUGGGCUUCACUAUCCCGCGUGCGGCUCAGGAGGGCACUUACAUCGAUAACAAGUGUCCGUUCACCGGCCAUGUUGCCAUCCGUGGACGCAUCCUGAAGGGCAUGAUUGUGUCCGCUAAGAUGAAGAGGACUGUGGUCAUCAGACGUCACUACCUUCACUACAUCCCCAAGUAUAACAGGUUCGAGAAGAGACACACCAACCUUAACGCCCAUAUUUCUCCCUGCUUCGAAUACAAGGAAGGCGAUAUUGUCACCAUCGGUGAGUGCAGACCCAUCUCCAAGACCGUGUCCUUCAAUGUCCUUAACGUCGAGCCCAAACAGAUCUUUGGCGCUGCCAAAAAACAGUUCUGCCUCUAUUAA